AUGGAGGAGCUGAGUCGAGCGCUGGCGUGCAACUUCAGCGUGUCGCAGGAUCUCAACAGCACGGCCACCCCCCACCCGCGCCUGGGGCAGUACAAGGCCAAGUACAGUUCCCUGGAGCAGGCCGAGAGAAGGCGCCGGCUCCUGGAACUUCAGAAAACUAAGCGACUGGAUUAUGUGAACCAUGCAAGAAGGCUGGCGGAAGAUGACUGGACAGGGUUGGAUGAAGAAGAGAAGGAAGAAGCCGAGGAAGAUGUCGAAGGCAUGGAGGUGGAAGUGAGGAAGAAGUUACCCAAGCAUUAUGCCAACCAGUUGAUGCUGUCUGAAUGGCUGAUUGACAUCCCUCCGGAUUUGGCGCAAGAGUGGAUUUUAGUCGUGUGCCCUGUGGGGAAGAGGGCCCUAGUCGUGAGUUCAAGGGGCUCUACUGCAGCUUAUACCAAAAGUGGCUUCUGCGUCAACCGCUUCCCUUCUCUCUUACCUGGGGGAAACCGCCGCAACUCGUCGACGGCGAAAGACUACACAAUCCUCGAUUGCAUCUACAACGAGGCCCAGCAGACGUACUACGUCUUGGAUGUGAUGUGCUGGCGCGGCCACCCCGUCUACGACUGCCAGACAGAUUUCAGGUUUUACUGGCUUCGUUCCAAAAUGGAAGAGGAGGCUGGUCUGGAAGAGAAAAGUCGGCUGAAUCCAUUUAGGUUUGUGGGCCUGCAGAAUUACCCCUGCACCAACGAAAGCCUGUGUGAAGUUCUGGCCACAGAUUUCCCCUUCGAGGUAGACGGUCUCCUUUUCUACCACAAACAAGCUCACUACAAUCCUGGCAGCACCCCACUAGUGGGGUGGCUCCGACCCUACAUGGUAUCGGACAUCUUGGGGAUAUCGGUGCCGGCCGGCCCUUUGACCACCAAACCAGACUACGCCGGACAUCAGCUGCAGCAAAUUAUCGACCACAAAAGGAGUAAAAAACAGGCUGCGGGGGAAGAUCCCUCAGGCGGCGACGUGGCCGGCGCUGACGGGCGCUAUGAGUUGGAGCACUUAUCCACGCCGAAGCCGGAAGGGUCUCCCUUCACCUCGGGAGACCCGGCAAGUCAGAUGGAAAACUGAA